AAGGGGGCGACGGCGGUGGUGAACCCGGAAGCGGCGUGGCUGGGUCACGGCGGUGAUGAGGUUGCGGUGGGCGUUGGUGUGUGUGUGAGCGAGGAGUCGGGAGUUUUUGUUAUUCUGCUGUGUCCUCCUGCUCUUCCUCCCUCCCUGCCGUCACCAUGAUGGAGGAGAUAGACCGGUUCCAGGUGCCUGCUGUGCGCGCAGAGAUGCAACCACUGGAUCCAACAGCUGCAUCUAUUUCGGACAGAGAUUGUGAUACGAGAAAGGGAGAGACUGUAGCCAUGAACUAUAAGCCGCCCCCACUCCAAGUGAAAUUAGAGAAGCAGAGGGAGCUGGCUCGGAAGGGCUCCCUGAAGAACGGCAACAUGGGCAGCCCAGUUAAUCAGCAGCCCAAGAAGAACAACGUGAUGGCACGGACAAGGCUCGUCGUUCCCAAUAAGGGCUAUUCAUCAUUAGAUCAGAAUCCAGAUGAAAAGCCACUGGUAGCCCUGGAUACGGACAGUGAUGAUGACUUCGAUAUGUCCAGAUAUUCCUCCUCGGGAUACUCAUCAGCUGAGCAGAUCAACCAAGACUUGAACAUCCAGCUGCUAAAGGAUGGGUACCGGUUAGAUGAGAUCCCAGAUGACGAGGACCUCGACCUAAUCCCCCCUAAAUCGGUCAACCCUACCUGCAUGUGCUGCCAAGCCACCUCCUCCACCGCCUGUCACAUCCAGUAGUGAGGCCGGCAGGCUGUGAUCAGUGCUUUCCACUAUAACUAUAAAACUUAACCACCAUUGCUUCCUCCUAUGGUAGGAUGUGCACCUCUUUGUGUUCAUGGAGCCAGGAGAAACCAAAAAAUUCAUUUUAUGAUUGGUUGAUAAGUUAUUUUAAACUAUGAUUAAAGAAAAGAGUUAAACUCAAAGUGCUAGGCAGUGCCUGGCAGAACUGACUGGUCCGGAGAGUGGAUGCAGAAUGGCUCAGAGAUACUUCUGGGUUUGUGUAGGCACCAGAGAUGUUUUGUAAGGUGUCAGUUCCAGAAUGGGAAGGAUCAGAUGGGGCUGCAGUUAAUCUUACCCUCUAAAAACAAUCCAUUUGCAAGAUCAGGGGUGUCUGAGGUGUCGGGGGGAGUUUACCUGAGGUCAGUUCAUAAUAGUUCACUAAGCCUCAUUUGCCUGUGUAACCAAAAUUACACCAUGAUCAGGGCACAGGAAUGGCAACAGAGCAGGGCAUCCUUUCUUAUGGCAAGUCUAGGCAGGAUCAACAUGACACAAUUCAUUCACUUGCAAAGAGAGCAAGAUGGUGGCAUUUCUCUGUGAGUCAGUAGUAGCUGGAGCUGCUGUGUCACAUACCC